AGAAGGAUUUCUUACUUUACUAAUACAUUUCUAUGUUCCCCUGAGUUGUCCUGAGCAGCGCCUGUUCAAGCCUAUGUAAAGCGGCAAUGGACGAUGCGGAUGACUGGGGCCGGCAAGGGCAAUUUUCGGGUGAUUCAAAUAACAGCAGCAGCUCGCAGUUGCAAUCUCGCCAUCUCUUCCAACUGUCAAACAGAUGCUGCAAAUUCAACAUCACAGACCCACGAGACUAUUCAUAUGCUUUGAUUGGUGUUGCACCUGACUCCAAGGUAGCGCCACAGCCAGACUAUGGCAAGGAUAUUGCCAACAUUUAUCGUGGGCUGGCGGAAUAUUUCAUUUCUCGGGGAUAUGGGCUAGAGCUAAUCUCGAUGAGUGAGAUGAGAAUGAAUCCAUCUUGGGUUCCAAAUUUCAUCGAGUUGGGCCGAAACGUCCCUUGUCAUGCGAACGGAUGGAGCCCCCAAAACUUCUCGCGAAAGUCGGGUCAAAAUGCUCACCAGAGAGGUGAUACUCUACUUGUGGAAGAGUUGGGCGUUGAUGAAAAUAUACUCCUAGGGUCAAUACUUCACAACCCUGAAGACUUCUCUCCUUGAGUUAGGAACCAAGCAUUAGUAGUGUAUCAGACAUCGAGCAACAUAUGUGGGACCUAGAUCAGGAGACAACUGAAAGUUUGUACAAUGUCGUAAUUUUUACCGACGAAAAAGAGGCUCAUAAUAAGUACAAAAAUGGUUCUAUUGUUCCUGAAGUUGAAGUAAGACCUAAUGGAGUUGAAACCAGAAAGGGCGGAUUGAAAAUGCAAAUCCGUGGAAAUAUUAUUGGGUAUGCCCAGGACAGAAGGAUAUUUGUGAUUAAAAGGGGCCGUUGAGGGUAAGUAUCCGAAACGACGGAAAAGGGGGAUUACAUUUAUAUCUUCCUAAGGUCGAGGGCACCUCUUGUAACACGACAAAGAAAAAAGAGCAAGUUUCUCUAAUCUGAUUCAAUAUGUCCACGGUUUGAUGUAAUUAUGGAGAAACUAUGGUUCGCGGCGUGUACCAGGAACGAUUAGAAUCUCUUCAGUCUCAAUUAGUCUAGGUACCUGUGUACAUAAUCACAUAUUUCACUGAAU